GCUGCCUGAGCCUUCAAAAGAGCAGUGGGUGCCUCUCUAAAGGAAGAGCAGAGGUUAGGGUCUGCAUCCCCAGUGCUCUGGCAGCAGGGACUGUGCUCGCCAGCCAGUGCUGACCAUCCUUGCCAUGCUCAGCCAGGCACACUCUGAGGCCUCUCCAUCUAACACAGUCAACAGAGGGGCAGAGUUUGUGGCGACGCUGAGGCUGUUCUACCCCCAUGCAGACAGCCUCUGUGAGAAGGACUUUGACUGGCUCUUUGACUGCCCUCAGACAAAGCAGUUCCUCGACUGGUUCUGCCGCACGGUGAGUGAGGAGAAUGUGCUGAGCCCGGCUGAGGUGGACGCCUACGAGGCCCUGCUGGCUGCAGGCAAGCCCAUCCUGGAAGGCGAUGCCCUCGAGCAGGCGUUGCAGACGUGCCUCCAGGUGCCGCAGCUCCCAAGCACGAUACCAGAGGAUGUGGAGGCACUGCGACAGGAGCUUCAAGAGCUGAAGGACUAUCGUGACCGACUGCUCUGGCGGCACAACAAGCUGCAGGUUUUGACAGCCAACCUGCAUCAGGAGCUGAGGUAUUUGGAGGAGGAAGAGAAAGUGGUGCAGCAGGACUUGAAGGAGGCUCAGGCGGAUCUGCAAGUGGAGAUCUUCCAAACCAGUGCUGUCCUGUGCCAGAUCAGCAAGGCUGCAAAGCAGCUGGCAGAGUGGUAUGAGGGGAAGGGCCGGCCACCAGCACUUAUGUGUGAGAUGGAUCUUGGCCCUUACAUGGAGCUAGAACAACAGGCCACUGAUGCGUUUCAGAGGUUCAUCCAGCAGGUCCUACCAGGGAGUGUCUGGGCUCCAGAUGUUCAGGGAGCAAGUGCACUGGGAGAAAGCAGCCUGAAGGAAAGCCUGGAGGCUGGGACACAGAUGGACUCUGACUGGGAAAUACUGGAAGGAACAAGUAGAGCUCCUUAUCAAGAGUGUGCAAAGACACCAUGGUUGGAGGCACCAGCAAGCCAGGUCCAAGGAUUGAGGGCAGAGCUGCUAUCUGAGGGCAGGAAUGGGAGAGAGGUGUUGAGCAUGGAGGAUGAUGAGGAGAGAGACGGCAGCCAAGAAGCCACAGAGACAAUGGACACUAAGCAAACAAUGAUGCCAAAAAGCCUUGGGACUGAUGGAGAUGAGCUACUGCUAGACCAAGACAGCUUCUGGAAGGAGUUGAGCCAAAUUGAGAAAGCGCGUAUCUGUGCCCAGAGGGAGGUUAUCGUCAUGUCAGCAAAAGUGGAGGGCAACUGUGCUGCACUGGAGUGGGUCGAGAGGACUCUGGAAGCUCUUGAGGAGAACCAGCAUGCUGUCAAAGCAGAGCUCCUGCGUCAGGCUGCCAUGCUUCAGAAGAAGCUUCAUGCCCAGCGCUGGGACAUCAUGGAGACCCUGACCCACCAGCUGCCGCCCCUGCUGAGGGCAGAGGCCCGUCUCUCCCUCCUGCCCGUCCUGCAGAGGCAGCUCAGCCUGGAAGCUGCCCAUCUGCAGGACAUCGAGGGGAGGCAGCAGAAGGCAGCUGCAUGGCUGGCGAGCCAGCACAGCCGCCUGGAACUGCUGGAACUGCAGCUGAAACGUGAGAGAAAGCAGCUGGACCAGAGGGCUGCUCAGCUGGGGGAGAUGGCAAUGGCUAUGAGGGAAGCCCAGACCAGGCUGCAGGAGCAGCAGAAAUACUUCAGAGAUGCCAGCUCCUCCCAGAACAGUUGUACACGCAUAUGGAUAGACCCCAAAGACCUCUCUGCUGUACGGCUCUGGGACAUGCUGGUAGGGCAAGAUCAGAAGGAGCAGCUCUUCCGCAGCUAUGAAACCUUGGCAGCCCGGUGCUCCCAGUUGGUUCAGGACCAGAGGGUGCUGGAAGCACAGCUGGCAGCUCCUAUGUCCCAGCUCCCUGCCCUGGAGACCUUCACAGAGGAGCUCUACCGGCUGCUGUACAACAGCUCCAACGAGCUGCAGCUCUCCUCUCCGGAGAUUACCAAGCUGAUGCAGCAACUGAGCACCAUGCAGGACAACCUCUGUCAGAUGCUGGUAGACCUCCUGAGUGACUUGAAGGUGAAGCGCAGGGCUCUGGAGAAUCCUCUCCUGCAGACAGAGCGCAACCUUUAUGUGUAUUUUUACUGCAAUGAGGAUCGGCUGAGAGAGGUGGUGGAAGAGCUGGAGAAGCAGGUGUCAUCUUCUCUGAAGGACCAAUGAAUGAGCGGCCCUAUGAAAAGGAGUAGAUCAAAUGGAUGCUUGCUCCCUGCCAUGUAGUGUCCCCUUUUGGUUGGGCUGGGUCAUAAUCCUGGACUAAGGGAAAACUCCUGUGGUCCUGGCUCCUGUGACAGAUUCCUUAAAUGAAGAGUCUCCUUAAGCUGGUGUGGGGGGAUUAGAUGGUAUGUAAGAUCUUAGUGCACCUUGUGAGUUGGCACUGGAAGCCUUGCAUAGACAGGAGACUCCUCAUGCCAGCUCUACAAGAGGAAUGGUGCUGGGGGCAAAGGUACUGACACUGUGUCUUUCUCCACCUAUUGGGGAAAGGAGUUUUGUAUGUUUUGUGGGAAAUAAAAAGGUGUGUUAUUCACAAA